AUGAGUACACCAUCUGCACCAACGUAUUUCAAUAAAUCUGCAUAUGUUGCAUUGUCAUGUCUGAUUGCUUUUGCCGUUGUAAUAACAAUAUGCAUUCUUAAACAAUUUAUAUGGGAUCCGCUACUGUCUAGACGUUUUGAAGUACUUCGGCCGGUGUUAUCAGAAUCUGUUCGGAAACUGUCAUACUCAUUUUAUCGAGCACCAUCAACAAGAACAUCGCUUUUAUCACCUAAUUCGUCGUAUUCUGACAUUUGUGCUAAAACAAAUGAACCACCACCAGUAUCAUGCAAAAACUUUCUUACCGUCACGGAAAGUUUGCCAUCCAAUGGUAUUCAAAAUCAAAUUCAUACUAAUGAAUCAGCUCGUCGCACUUAUGGUUCAUCGUCAACAACUUCGUCUUAUGCCUAUACAAACUUUGCUUCUGGUGAUUUCGAUGAUGAACAUAUAACUGCUCCUAUUUUAUACUUUAGUUUUCAAUAUAACCUAUUGGCGACUAAUGUCAAAUUGACUGUACAAAAUUUACGUCAUAUGAAUAAAUUUAAAAAUCCAAUAAAUGCCAAUGCUUAUGUAUUAAUUCGAUGUGUUUUCACAAAAAAAAUAGCCGAUCGUCCCUUUGAAACAUCUCCACAACGUUUUCAAGAUUGUAUUCGUUUUGGUGAAACAUUUAAUAUAUUAAAUCAUAUUCAAGUAACAGAUACAAUGAAUUAUGAACUUAAAUUUUUGAUUAUAUUAAUAACCAGUGGAAAUAUGUAUGAAAUAGCUGAAGUUAUCUAUUCAAUGAAAGGCGAUAAUUUAACAACAGCUCUUUUUGUUGAAAAAGCACUACCAAUGCAAUUUAAACCCAUGCAAAAUGAAAUGAAAUAA